AUGGAUAAGCUUGAAAGGAUCAUGUCGCGGCCUGUGGCCAAGCCAUAUCGCUCCAAAGGCAUCAAGGACAACGCGACUCCGCAUUUGAACGACGAUGGACUGCUCGACUUUUCUCCUGGCGACAUCGAAAAUCCGAAGAACUGGAGCAAAGCUCGGCGAUGGUACAUCACGUUCGUCUCGGUCCUUCUUGUCGUCAACGCAACGUUCGCAUCCAGCGGUCCGUCCGGCGCUCUACAGGGCAUCAGUGAGACAUUCGCAGUCUCUAGAGAAGCCUCCGGACUGGUGAUUACGCUCUUCUUGCUUGGUUAUGUGUUUGGACCUUUGGUAUGGGCACCUUUGUCCGAAUUCUACGGCAGACGAUGGAUUUUCUACCUCACUUUCGUCGGCUACUUUGCAUUUACCUUUCUCUGCGCCUUCACGCCUACCUUCGCAGGGCUGCUCGUCGGUCGCUUCAUCACUGGGACGUUCGCAGCAGCCGCGCUGUCCAACUCUCCAGGCGUGCUGGUAGAUAUAUGGGGCCCGGUCGAGCGCGGUAACGCCAUGGCGCUCUUCAGUAUGAUGACGUUCAUUGGACCGGCUCUUGGUCCCGUCACUGGAGGCUUCAUACAGAUUACUGUUGGAUGGAGAUGGGUAUUCUACGAACUCAUCUUCUUCUCAUUCGCAACCAUGAUCCUGCUCUUCACGAUCCCGGAAACUCUACCUAGCAUGGUCCUCAUGAACAAGGCGAAGCGCAUCCGAAGAUCCCAAAUACCCGGCUACGAAAACGUGCAGGCUCCAGUCGAAGUCACAGACCGCUCACUUAUCGGCAUCUUCAAAGUCGCCCUUGUACGACCCUGGAUCAUCCUUUUCGACCCCAUCUCCCUCCUCUGCGCGAUCUACAUCUCAGUGGUGUACAUGCUUCUUUACAUGCUCUUCUCCAUCUACCCAAUCGUCUUCCAGGAAAAGCGAGGCUGGAACGCCGGCGUAGGCGAGCUGCCUCUGAUCGGGACGGUCGUGGGGGCGGUAUUCGGCGGAAUGUACGUCUUCUGGGACACAAACCAGAACAAGAAGAAGGUGCUCGCUGGCCAUCAGCUCGUGCCGGAAGAUCGUUUGCCAAUGGCUAUGUUAGGCGGGGUCAUGUUCCCGAUUACAAUGUUCUGGUUCGCAUGGACGGCGGAGUACAACUCGGUGCAUUGGAUCGCGUGUACGAUGGCUGGCGUGUUCCUCUCGUCGGCCAUCCUGCUCAUCUUCGUUGGGUACCUCAACUACCUGACGGACUCAUACUUGAUGUUCGCCGCAUCCGCCCUCGCCGCCAAUACCGUCGCACGAUCCGCUGCUGGUGCCGCUGCGCCACUCUUCACGGACUACAUGUUUACAGCGCUGGGCGUUGGCGGCGGCGGUAGCUUGCUCGGCGGUGUUGCCGUCUUGCUCAUGCCGAUUCCAUUCCUAUUCUACAAAUUCGGGCGACAGAUACGUAUCAAGUCUAAGUUUGCCCCCGCAAGCGACAAGCCCCCGGAAGGCGAGAAGGAUCAGCCGGCUGGUGAGAGGCCGAGAAGCCAGCUCAGCACUUCGAGCGAGGAGGAGUUGGAGCUGGACGAGGAGAUGGGUGUUCCUGCUCGUCAGAACGCGAAGGAUGUUGAUAAUGAGAAAUCGGAGACCUCCAGCCCCGUGGACGACCAUACCGGUGAAGACAGAUUCUUGGACGCAUCGGGGCUGGAAAAGGCGGAAGCAGCCGGUGGACGCUGA